AUGAAUGGAACAAAUGAUAUGUUACUUGUCCUGGUGGUUUACAUCACGACCUUUGUAACAGGAUUUCCAAUGAACAUUUUAGCUCUAUGCACCUUCAUCAGCAAAAUCAGAGAAAAGCCUUUGACAAUAGAUAUCCUUUUAAUGAACCUCACUGUUUCUGAUUUGCUCUUGCUUCUGUUUCUUCCUUUCAGAAUGAACGAGGCUGCGUCUGAGUUCAAAUGGUGCCUUCCAUACUUUCUGUGUCCACUCACGGCAUUUAUCUUCUAUAGCAGCAUCUAUAUAAGUAUCCUUUUUCUGACAGCUGUUAGUGUGGACAGAUUUAUCAGUGUUGCUUACCCCAUGGAAUACAAGGCAAAGAUGAAGCCAGUUUAUGCCAUAAUGGCAAGUGUCUUCUUCUGGAUUGUUACAUAUGCCCACUGUAGCCUUAUUUAUGUAGCUGAUUACAAUGGGCCAGUUAAUAAAAGUAACAAUAUUUGCUAUGAUGAAUUUAGUGAACAACAGCUAAACAUUGUCCUUCCACUAAGACUUGAGAUGUUUGUACUUUUGUUUUGUAUUCCAUUAAUCAUCACCACCUUUGCAUAUAGUAAAUUUAUAAGAAUCUUGAAGUCACUGCCUCAGACAAACAAGGAGAAAAAGAAACGAGCUAUUGUACUAGUGAUGGUCACUCUCACAGUGUAUGUUGUCUGCUUUGCACCAUACAAUAUCUCCCAUGUAUAUGGAUUUAAACAACAUCAGAGCCCUCACUGGAGGAAAUAUGUCUUGUUACUGAGCACAGUCAAUACUGCAUUAGAUCCUAUAAUAUUUUAUUUUUCAUCUACCACAGUCAAGAAGUCAUUUCGGCAUAUCUUUGGAGGAAUAGUAGGAGGAAUUUCUUCCUUAUGGAUGUGUAAGAAAGGUUCAUCGUAG